AUGACUUUUGAAAUUUACAUUCCAGAUAACCUGACUUUCCAGGACUACAUUGCUGUGGUUCAAACAGCAAGGGUCUGGGCAGAUGGUUACGACAAAAAGAGCGAAGAGCGAAUCCUCGCCGCUUUAGCACCAGAGGUUUCUGUCGACUACACGUUGAUCGUGCCAGCAUGGGGAAUAAAGCAGUACAAGGCGGCCGAGUUCGCAGCCCUUUGGCUCUCACAGGAACACCUGGGCCUCAAGCCUUUACUGACACAACACCUACUUGCGCAACCAUAUUUCAAGAAGGUCACUGCCGACGAAAUUGUGGUGGAGUGGCAGCAAUUAGCGAGUCAUGGGCGACUACAAGAUGAUGGCGAGAGCGCUAGGGAUGCGUUUGCAGCAAGGAUCAACGAGACCAGCGAUGGGAGGAGCCAUAUGGAGCAUCAAUUUGUCAGGGUUGGUGGUCUCUGGAAGAUCGCGAGGAUCACACCAUCUCUGCUUUAUCAGACUGGGGACUUUAUGCGUAUUAGAAGACCAGCGGGUGAGCAGUAG